AUGAUGCUCUACAUAAUAUCUCUCUUCUUUCUCUGCAACCUAGUUGCUUCACUCAACCCCGUCCUUAACGUUCAAGAUGAUGGCGGUAAGCAGCUGCCCAAGUUCCUCUGCACCAUCAGAAGCCUCUUUGUUAUGACUGAGCGCCCUUCUCACACGAGCACAGCUUCCUCCAUUAGCCAACCCUGCCGAGACCUCGACAACCAAGACCCCUGUGAGCCAGCGUCAAACUGGUUGACAGGAGACACUAACGAAGACGACGAACGUAUCUGUUUCAGCAACGCGGACUGCUCUAUCAACUUUCAUUGCCAUUUGGGACACUGCAUCAGAACCCCACGCGAUAGUUUCAAAAGAGUUGUCCGAGACAAUCUCCAAGGGAAGUACUGCGUUCUAUUUAUCCCAUUCUCCGAGGGAAGGGUGAAUCAGAAACUAACACCAUCACCUGCACUGCAGUUGGCAAGUGUAGAACCGGUGUCGACUGUCCUCCAGGGUACUAUUGCUGGCGUGGAGGCUGCGUCCAGAUCCCCCGUCCCGCUUCCAAGCCACUUCUCCAUAGAGACAACGAUGGUCAACUCGCCCUUGGCAGAUGCGCAGCGAUGCAAGCAUGUGACCGAUUGCCCACGGGGCAAAUGGUGCAUGGACGGAUUCUGCUGGCCAUUUGAUCAAUCCACAAAGCUAGCGGCUCGUGGUAUAGACAUUGAAAAUUCAGAUAAUCUGAAGACUCGACAGAGAUGCCAUCUUCAUGUGCAUUGCGGGCCAACCGGACUCUGCAUCCAUGGUUGGUGCCAAUACGUGUCUAAUGCGAUGUCCCAAGAUGGCACAGAGAGCGUUGGAGUAGGCAACGAAGUUACAGAAGAACGCGACAUGCUUGGGCCUCGCAAAUGCACGAGUGACCGAGAAUGUUACCCUCGAGCACUAUGUGUGAACGGCAGAUGCAAUCAUUCCCACGGAGGUGAAGACGACUCUUGA